GGAAAAAAAAAUAAAGGCCACGUAAAAGGCUGGGUUUGUGAGAGAACAUCUUCAACAUCCAUUUUGGUCCAUGAAUCAUUGCUUGCAAAAAAUGUUUACUUAGCUCCUCAAUCCUUCCCCUACAACUCUUUCUAAACAGCAACAGCGUGGCCACUCGUCACCCUCUUCAUUUCCUUUUGGCUUUUCCUCACCAUUCAUAUUCUCAGUAUAAAAAAACGAAAAAAGAAUCUGUUGAGGGAGGGUUGUUGUUGUUCUAUUCUAAAAUCCAUUGCUCAAUGCUUGGUGUAUUUCAUAGUUUUUUGUGUUGAAAGUAAAUACUAUGUGUGACUUGGUCCUUCACUUUCCAAGUCCCAAGGGAUAUAAUGUAAGAGCUCAAACGAGGUCUACCUGGUCCACCUUUUCUGCUUCUUGUUUGCAUCGACAUUAUUCUAAUGUAUCAUAUGCCUAUAACAAAUCCAUUCAUAUUUCAUCAGUUUCUUCAUAUCACAAGAUAAACCAUCCAUCUUCUGGAACAAAUGGUGUCUGCAAACGUACACCUCUUUCAUCAUUGUUCAGUGGAAGAAGAAUUUGUAUCUCAAAACACCAGAAAUCCUUGAGGUGUAGGUUUCAGAUAUAUGCAUCACUUGAUGUUGCAAGUGCUGUUGAUGUCAUCAAUGACCUCGGGUUGGACACUUUGACAUUCUUAGCUGUUACUGUACUGAUUGUUCCUGCCUUCAAGACCAUAAAAGCUAGCCCUAUACUUGGUUUUUUCUUUGCUGGAGUUGUGCUCAAUCAAUUUGGGCUGAUCAGAAACAUCACGGAUGUUAAAGUUCUUUCGGAGUGGGGGAUUCUUUUCUUGCUUUUUGAAAUGGGAUUAGAGCUUUCACUUGCACGCUUGAAAGCACUUGCAAAGUUUGCUUUUGGCAUGGGACUGACUCAGGUUGUAUUGUCAACUUUGGCAUUUACAUCUUUCGAGCUUCCACCUAAUGAUGCUAUCGGGACAAAGAUUUUGGAGUUUCUUUUUCACUCAAGGCCUGAUCUGGUGAAUAUUAGAAGUGUUGAUGAGGCUGUAGUGAUUGGUGCCGCUCUCUCACUGUCUUCUUCAGCUUUUGUUCUGCAGAUUCUUGCAGAGAAGGGUGAGCUUCCAACUAGAUUUGGCUCGGCUACAUUGGGAAUACUUCUUCUUCAGGAUAUUGCUGUUGUGCCUCUUUUAGUCAUUCUACCGGUGCUGGAGACCCAGAAUCUGAUAGAAGAAAGUAUUUGGCCAAUGCUUGCAAAAGAAAGUCUGAAGGCUUUAGGUGGACUGGGGUUGCUUUCUUUUGGAGGGAAAUACAUAUGGAGGCGAGUUUUUGAGGUUGUUGCAGAAACAAGAAGUUCGGAAGCUUUUGUUGCACUUUGUCUUUUGACUGUUGCAGGAACAUCACUAUUAACGCAGAAGUUGGGCUUUAGUGACACGCUUGGAGCAUUUUUAGCUGGGGCUCUGCUUGCAGAAACAAAUUUCCGUACUCAGAUUGAAGCUGAUAUAAGGCCAUUCAGAGGAUUACUUCUUGGUUUAUUUUUUGUGACUACUGGAACUUCUAUUGAUAUGCAGCUUCUUUUCCGGGAGUGGCCAAAUGUGCUUUCUCUGUUGGCUGGUCUGAUUGUUAUCAAGACAUUGAUCAUAACGGCAAUAGGUCCUCGAGUUGGACUAUCCCUUCAGGAGAGUGUGAGAAUUGGAUUUCUUCUUUCUCAAGGAGGAGAAUUUGGAUUUGUUGUCUUUUCCCUAGCGAAUAGGCUAGGAGUGCUGCCACUCGAGCUGAAUAAACUACUUAUCAUUGUUGUUGUACUAUCUAUGGCACUGACUCCGUUACUUAAUGAAAUUGGACGAAGAGCUUCUGAGUUUGUUGGUGAGAAGUUUGACAAUGAGGAUAGAACUGCUGAAAUGGAAAACUUUGAUCUGAGUGAACCAGUAGUCAUCCUUGGAUUUGGCCAAAUGGGUCAGGUCCUUGCCAAUUUAUUAUCAACACCACUAGCUUCGAGUGAUGGGGAGGAGUUGCAAUAUGUUGCUUUUGAUCUAGAUCCUUCUGUUGUAAAGGCUUCUACAAAACUUGGUUUUCCUGUUAUUUAUGGUGAUGGUUCACGUCCUGCAGUCCUGCAGUCUGCUGGUAUAUCUUCUCCGAAAGCAGUCAUGGUCAUGUACAGAGGAAAAGAAAGGACCACAGAAGCUGUCCAGAGAAUUCGACUAGCCUUUCCAGCGGUACCAAUAUAUGCACGAGCUCAGGAUGUGAUGCAUUUAUUAGAUCUGAAGAAAGUUGGAGCAACAGAUGCCAUUCUUGAAAGUGCAGAGACAAGCUUACAGCUUGGCUCUAAACUUCUAAAAGGGUUUGGUAUCAUGUCUGAUGAUGUAACUUUUCUAAGUCAACUUAUUCGAGAUUCUAUGGAGCUGCAAGCGCAAGAGGUUGUUGAUAAAUCUGAUAAUCAGGUGUCUAAAGUUAUGAAACCAUUACAGGUAAGAGCUGCAGACUUUGUCCAGGGAGUACCCACGCUGUCAACAGACACAACACAGGAUCUAAAGGAUAGAAGUUACAGUUUGGCUGCAGCUGAUCAGUCAUCUGAUGAUGGCGCCACACUGUUAACUGACACAACACAGGAUCUAAGGGAUAGAAGUUAUAGUUUGGCUGCAGCUGAUCAGUCAUCCGAUGAUGGCGCCAUGCUGUCAACUGACACAACACAGGAUCUAAGGAAUAGAAGUUACAGUUUGGCUGCAGCUGAUCAAUCAUUCGAUGGUGGCGUCACGCUGUCAACUGACACAACACAGGAUCUAAGGGAUAGAUGUUACAGUUUGGCUUCAGCUAAUCAGUCAUCCGAUAAUGGCGAGAGCCACCCAUCUCAUGAUCUAGAAAAUGGAGAACAGCUGUUUGAGGAUGAUGAUAUGGAGAGUGCAUUUCCAGCUAACUCGAGACGUGAUGGUGUGGAAAGUGAUGCAGGUGAGAUCUCCCAACAAACUUAGAGUGCUCAGCUGGUUCUGCUGUUGCGACCUAAGGUCCUGGCUUAAGAGUGCCAUCCUUUUAGAACAAAUUAAAAAGACAACAAGAAGGUGAACCUUGCAUUUGGAGGCAUCCAAUUUAGGUCUAUCCCUCCAGUGAGUACUUUUUGUAGAUUCCAAUUUUUGAUAGUUGCAUUAUUGAUGUAUGACUGAGGAUGAGACACGAGCAUGCUAGGAAAUUGUCUUACAAAUUGAAGAUUUGUUAGUGAUCAUAUAUUGUACAUAGUCAAGUUUAUGGGAUUGGGUGUUAGCUAGAUUUUAUUCACCAAUCCAAAAAGAAGGUAAACUCAGUUAGAUUUUGCUUAUACAUCUGAAAACAAGAAAAGUUAUCGGGUUAUUCAAAGAAAAAAAGAUGAUGACUGAAUCUAUCAA